AUGCUCAAUUGUUUGAGAACCGGAUUUAUCAAACAUAAAGUAGCUUAUCGUUCUAUCCCCAGAUUCAAUCUCAGCAAACAUACACCUUCCAGAGUAUCAGCAAUGACAUUGGUUACUAUUUCGCAAUCGUUAGAUGAAGCUUAUGUUAAGCAUAAAAUCAUUCCGGACGUGGUUGACAAGUUCGACACCGAGGGAUUGUUGACUAUCGAGUACAAUGGAAAAGAUCAAGUGGCAUUGGGAAACACAUUGAAGGUUGCCGAAACCCAAGAAAGACCCACAAUUCAAUUCACGCUCAAUUCUCUGGGCCAGGAGGAAGAAAUGCUGGUGGCAGAUAAAGACCGUUUCACGUUGAUUUUGACCGACCCAGAUGCACCAUCUAACACUGACCAUAAGUGGUCUGAGUAUGCCCAUUGGAUUGUCACAGACUUGCCUUUGAAUGCUACUGGCAAAGAUGCCGAGUCGCUCAGCACAAUUCUCGACUACAAGAAGGGCAAGGAAAUCUUACCUUACGUUGGCCCUGCACCACCUGAGGGAACUGGUAAACAUCGUUAUGUUUUCCUACUUUACAAGCAGGACCCAGCAGCACUGCUCGCGGCACCCAAGGAUAGACCAAACUGGGGCACUGGUGUCCCAUCGUCUGGCGUUAGAGACUGGAUCAAGAAAAACGGGGGUAAGCUGCAAUUGUUGGGAGUGAACUUUUUUUACGCCCAGAAUGAAAAGCAAUGA